ACACCAUUUGUCAUACCUCCAAUAAUUAAUAACAACUGUGUCGGGUACCUCGACAUCGCAUGGUUUGGCUUUAAAACAUGAAGUUUCUCACCACUCCAAACGUUAGUUCAUCGAAUUUCAUUUCAGUGGAACCAGAACGUAUCUUUGCUCCUAGAACUUACAUCAGGCGAACAUUCAACUCUCAUCAUGAACAAAAUAUCAUUCAUUUGCGGAACUUUGCUCAUCGGCAUUAUAUCAGCCAAUCUGAAACCAGUUCAUAGCCUGGAAUCAUCAGACAAUAAUCCCUCUUUAAGCUGCAUUCUUUUUGAAGAUUUUGGUUGCGGCGUUCAAUGCACAUUCAUGGCAAAAGUGCAAAACUCCCCACAAACUUCAGCAUCCUGUAACGAUGAGCAAAAAUGCACCUGUACAGUCGAAUCGAACGAAUCCCUGGACACCUUGUGGUAUAAGAAAUUCAAUGCGGAUGAUGUGCUUAGACAAAUCAAACAAAAUAGAGAACUUGCCAAAAAGGUUACUCAAGUAUUAAAAAAUACAUCUCGAACGGGUAUGCAAUCUAAACAAGACCUUAAGGAAAUUCUACCGAAACGCUUGUAUAGAAAAAUUCGUGUUAGACCAUACACGAGUAAUACAACCAAAAUUAAUCAGACAAAACUGGAUGUGGAAUCUAUAAAAAAAUUGGUCAGCAAACAAGAAGUGAAAUCAGUGAUGCUAAAUUUACCUAUGUUUGAUACCACCGAUCUGCAAUUCUUGAAUUGGAUGGAGAAUUUCUACGCAUACUUGGGUGAUAAUAAAGAAAAUGCCAGCAUCCAAAGUGUUUAUCAUCAAGUUGGUCUAACUGGUAAUGUCGAUUUGAAAGAAUAUCUUGAUUACUUCUUGGACGAAGACGAUGCACCUGAGAUAGAUACAACGAUAAAGUACGAACAGGAUGAUGCUGUUCCUCAAAUUGUGGCGAAUAUGGUGGUCGAUGGAAUGAUUAGGGGAUACAGUGAUCUCAAUAUUUUCCACAUGUUCCUAUAAAUGUAUUUUCUGAUACCUAUGUACUAUCAUCGAUUAAUUAUUUUACCAUAGUGUUAUUUUUCAGAUAUCCUCAUGCAACCAUGAAAGUUUACCAUAAAAUCACUUGUUAGCAUUGA